UUGACAGGUGCGUGACAAUCCAGCUCUUCAAGCAUGUACGCCAAAGGCAAGAGUAACACUGUACCUUCUGACAGCCAAGCCAGGGAAAAGUUAGCACUGUAUGUAUAUGAAUAUCUACUCCACGUAGGAGCACAAAAAUCAGCACAAACAUUUUUAUCAGAGAUACGAUGGGAGAAAAACAUUACAUUAGGAGAACCACCAGGCUUCUUACAUUCGUGGUGGUGUGUAUUUUGGGACCUCUACUGUGCAGCACCUGAAAGAAGAGAAACGUGUGAGCAUUCAAGUGAAGCAAAAGCCUUUCAUGAUUAUAGUGCAGCGGCAGCUCCCAGUCCAGUACUAGGAAACAUUCCUCCGGGAGACGGAAUGCCAGUAGGCCCGGUACCACCGGGAUUCUUUCAGGGACCACCAGGUUCACAGCCCUCUCCACAUGCACAGCCUCCACCGCAUAAUCCCAGCAAUCCCAUGAUGGGACCUCACAGCCAGCCUUUCAUGUCACCUCGUUAUCCAGGAGGACCCAGACCACCUCUCAGAAUACCUAACCAGUCACUUGGAGGAGUUCCAGGAACACAGCCAUUGCUGCCGAGUGGAAUAGACCCAACGCGACAGCAAGGACAUCCAACCAUGGGUGGACCAAUGCAGAGGAUGACUCCUCCCCGGGGCAUGGUUCCCCCCUUAGGACCCCAGAGUUACGGAGGAGGAAUGAGGCCCCCACUGAAUGCUUUAGGUGGUCCUGGCAUGCCAGGAAUGAACAUGGGUCCCGGAGGUGGUCGACCAUGGCCAAAUCCACCUAAUGCCAACUCAAUACCCUAUUCAUCAGCAUCACCUGGCAAUUAUGUGGGUCCCCCAGGUGGUGGAGGACCUCCAGGAACUCCCAUCAUGCCUAGCCCGGGAGAUUCAACCAACUCCAGUGACAAUAUGUACACUAUGAUGAAUGCAGUUCCACCUGGUGCUAACAGGUCUAACUUUCCUAUGGGCCCUGGUUCAGAUGGUCCAAUAGGUGCUAUGGGUGGAAUGGAACCACAUCACAUGAAUGGAUCAUUAGGCUCAGGAGAUAUGGACGGCAUUUCCAAAAAUUCUCCCAGUAACAUAAGUAUGAGUAAUCCGCCUGGCACUCCACGGGACGAUGGAGAGAUGGGUGGGAACUUCCUGAAUCCCUUUCAGAGUGACAGCUAUUCUCCAAGCAUGACAAUGAGUGUGUGAUCUCGUAUCCCUCCUCAUGAUCAAGGCCAGAAUGGUUUGCCUCUUAAAACGUGAAAUAAGUACAUCCAAGAGAAAAAUAAAAUAUUUUACAAAGCUCUGCAGAAAAAGAGGUUUUGAUUCUAGCAAAGACCCUGUUGUUCUGCAAAUGACAGGUGUCUCAUUGUGUACUGAAAGCGGGUCCAAAAUAUUCUUUUUAAGUUUACAAAACCUCAGAGACUGAACAGUUCAACCAUUUAAAUGUAGGAUAUGCCUAAUCUAGGCAAAACACAGCAACUUACAUGACUUCCCAUAGUUAAGUAAGACAUGGUGUGCUUGAUUCAGCUGUUUGAAAGAAUACAAUAACAAAUACAGCUUAAUGUGAGUCAACUUUCUUCUGUUCUUCCCUUCCAAUUCACUUUUUAGUCUCAAUAUCUCAGAAAUUAUGUUACUUGUAAUUUUGUAAUGUAUAAACAAGCUCCUGAUGAUACCUCUUUUUAUGCUUUAUAUGACAUCAUUGCUACUCAGCAGAACAAAUAUACUAGCCAAACACUGUAGGAUAUAUGUGGAAGGGAAAAAGAAAAAGCUAAUGAAUAUCUUGCACUUAAUGUUGUGUUCAGUAAGUGUUAUUCAUUAAUUAGAACUACAUUAAUUGUCGUGUGAUAUAGGAGAGAGCCUGUCUUUUAAUCAUAGAGUACAGUGGUGGAUUCGGGUCCUUAACUACAGUCCUGGCAUAUCAAUGUUGAACACUAGAUGGACUAUGCUCAUGGUCACUGACAACAGCCGACAAGUGCUAUAGUAAUUGCAGCUAAGAAAUUGCAGAAUUGUUGUUUUAUUUCUCUCUUUUCCCUUUUCCCUGACGACAUUAAAAUGAUGCUGAGAUGUAGUACUCUAGGAGUGUGAUUAAGGAUAUUUGAUGGUAAAUUGUAUAACCUGGGUGACCUGCGGUCUGCCACUAAUGGAGAAUGGCCAUCCUUGCUCAUUUAAUAUCGCACCAUAAAAUUCUGUGUUUUAGCCAUUACCUCUUUUUUAAAAAAAAAUUGAAAAUGAAACUAUCUUUUGUAAAUGUUCAUGUAUCCCUUAUUCUUCAUUUUGUGCAAAAUGAUAUAUUGUAAAUGUACAUGAUGUGUAGAUUGUAACAAACUGAAGUUUUUUGUUUGGUCUUUGAUUUGUAUGUGUGAAAAUGAGGGUUCUCAAAGUCACUGCAGUUAGGGUCUUUUCCCAUGGGGAAAGUUCUCUGGUCUGACAAUGGAACUAGUGUAAAAUUUUGUACAAAUUGCUGGCUAACUUUUUCUGUUCUCAGACCAGUAUACAAAUGUUUAAAUGAAAUUUACCAAACUUUAUCCAAAUGGAACCAUAAUUUUGAAGCUCAUUUUAAUCAUGCAUGUUUAAAAGUUGUACAAUUCUGUGUUUAACUAACGUAACCAUUUGAAGUUAACCAGCUCCAAACUCCAAUUAUACAGUUGAUAUUUUUUUAAAAAAAGUUAGUUCCUGUUACUAUAUCAAUUUUCUAUUUUAGACAAAUGAAUUAAGUGUAGAACAUGUUUUUUAAUUGUUCUGGGACUUGGGUGUGGGAACUGGUGAUAAUGAUUGCACAACACUGGAGUGUUGUACAGUUUGAAUCAUCUUGCUAUCACUUAUAAUUAUGGCAAUGGAUUUCUAGUUAGAAGUAUUUAAGAGAAGCAAAGUAAUCUGUGAAAAUUUUGCAAAAUAACAAAAAAAAAGGAAAAUUGUACGUGUAAUCCUUUCCCUGUGAUUCCUCAUUUGAAAAGGCCCUAACAAUCAGAAAUGUACGACAGCCUACUUAUUGUUUCAAGAAACAGUACAUUUCAACAAAAGGAAAAAAGGCACUGCCACAUCCCAAAAAAACUAACUUUAGUUUGGGCAUUCAGACUUUUUUUCCUUGUAUUACUUUUUGAAGAUAUUUAUAUAUUAACUAGCAAUGAAAUGCCAGUACCAUAUCAAAUGCAGAGUAAUCACAUACAAUCGUGGAUUUCAAUCUGAAUAUAAUGCUGAUCGUUGUGAAGGUUACAGAUAGCUUUCUUUUAGUAACACUUUAUUCUUUUUAUGGCCUUCAUGAAAUUAUGCCACUAAACUAUAUUUAAAUGCACAAAUUAGAGCAUUGUGAUUGGGUUCUGGGAAAGAUUGACCUGUUCUCAUUCAGCAGCUUCAGCACGCGAGUACAUUGUUCUGCAAACCAUGUCUUGAACUGCAGAAACACUUUGAACUGCCAAACUUCUUCACUGAACCAGGUCAAAAUACUAUCGUCCCUCUAAGCUUCAUUUGAUCUUGAGUUCAUUAAACAUUGAUAUAUUUUGUUAUAUUUUAGAAUUCUGAACAGCUAGGAUGAACAGUGUUACUUGUCUGAGUCAUACAUCCAUUCUCGUAACAUUAAACCAUUUAACCGAAAAAGAUAUCACCGCGUGAGCUCAUUGAGUACUUGGGUUACGUAUUUACAAGAAAUAACUGGUUUAUAUUUUCAUAAACCAUUGCUUUCCACCAAAAAUCUGCAAGAAAAUUAUUUAUAAUUCAUUUAAUGAGAAAUAACGUAGAUUUUUUUUAAAGAUUGGGCAUAUAUUUUGAUAUGCAUUUAAUCUGCAGGCAGUGGGCAAGGCGGUGAUGAUGGCAGGAGGUCUGACCAAGUUUUUGACGGAACCUCAUUUCAGUAGAUUAGUGAGCUUCCAGUGCUGAACAGCCAGGUUGGAAACUUGCAGUUGCACCACAGAGUCCACAAAAAGUAAACAUUGAAAUGUGAUGGAGGGACCACUGCAGUGUACAGGAGGGUAAUUGUGGGCCAGCCCAUUCAUGCUCACUUCACUCAGAGCAUGUACUUCACAGCGUAGAAGAAAAAAAUUGCAUUGGGACCACACAUAAGGGGUAGCAUCUUGGUUUGUGCGCUGUCUAAAUCAUUUGGUUCUUUUAGACAGAAACACUGUUCUCUUGUAUUUCAAUCUGCUCCAAAAUUGCAGUCAGCUACUUAUCAGUGGGAACAGAGCAGUUAAUGCUGCAUCAUUGUUUACAGCUCGCAGCUGACCUAUUACCACCCAAAAUUCAGAGAAAAUAUAUCCUAAUGUUAUUUUUUGAUCAAGUGGUAAAGCACACAGUUAGCUUGUUUAGAUGGAUUUUAUGAAAUACGUUGAUUAUUUGAGUAUGCAUGGUCUGUCCCUUCUGUUUCAGCACUGAAUGUUAUGAGGUGUCCAGUCUGCAAUCUAAUAUUUCAUCAUGUAAAAUUUGUUUGAUUAAUGGAUUAAAAAGGCUACAUUUCCAAUUUCUCAGCCCCAUCUUUGGCUUCAGAGUACUGGAAUUGCGUCAUGUCCACUGAGAAAUGGAACAGUUUCUUCUGAUGCUAAGUGUAGUUUGCUCAGAUUAUUUAUCUGGGGGGAUAUUUUGGUUAUUUCACAGUGUACAGUGAUGAAUAUUCUGUCAAACAUAUAAAAUUAUGUUACAUAUUUGCCUUGUGUAGUUUCAGAUCAUGUGCUAAAACUGGUUCAAUGCUGCAAUUUAGGCAGCAAAAAAAACAAAAUAUUUCAGUUUAACAGAAUUUGCUUUUGUCAGUGAACUCGGUAUAAUCCACAAUGCCAAUUUGAGACGUGUAUGUUAGUUAUGAAAAUUAAUCUUGUGACAGUUUUCCCUUAUACGUGGCUAUGAUUUCUCUAUUGCCUUUACUUCGUGCCUCACAUUGAGAAAUGAUUAUUUAAAAGGAAAUCUUGCCUUUGACAGGAAAUUCAUGUAAGCAGUGCUCCCAGGAUUCAGUUUUCUUUCCUUUGGUGUCAGAAAAUGCAGUGUUCUUUGAUCUAUUUACCAUUUACCACUAUUUUUCCAACAUUUGCACAAGAGAUUACGAAAGACAAAUAUAAAUAAAUUUAAUUCUGCGAUGGAUAGGUAGCUGCAAUAACAGCGUGGUAAUUGUUCCAAAAGUCAUUCUGGUGUGUUAUGUAAAAUAAUGUAGCUUGUGUAAGAAACUUUGUCUUGACUAUGGUUUAUACUGUAAAAUAAUGUUGUAAAGCGCAAUUUGGUUCCAUGUAGCAAGCGUGUUUCUGUAGUUAUUGUUAGUAUGUCACUAAAUUAGCCAAUUCUUUAUUAUUUGGUUUUUUUUUGUAUUUGAUUUUUUUGCCUUGUUGAGCAUGCUUAACUAACUCUAGAAUCUCGGAUGUGGAUAUCUUAAAGAUUUCAGCCAACUAAGCAGAAACUGCCAGAAAACAAUAAAUUCAGCUUUUCUAAUUGAAGUAUUAUUUUGCCCUGAAUAUCUAUUGUUUCAUUUUACAGAAAAUAACAUUAAUAUUUAAGUUAGUUUACAUUGCCCUCUAACCUCAAAAUGGCAAAAUCUAAAUUAACCUUCAUAACAAAAAAAUCCAUGUGCCUAUACAGUAUCUAUAUGAUGCAUCUCAUUCAAAUGCACAUGAUGUAAAUUGAAACUGUGUAUAAUUUGCAAAGGUAAACAGGUUUUAUAUUCAAGAACAUUCACUUAAUUAAGUGCUUAAUACCCCAAUGUUUUGUACUUUUCAUUUGUCUAUAUACUCCCUCAUCGAUUAUAUUAAGUAAAUUCCACAUUCUGUUUUAUAUAUUCUAUACUUUUUUAUGAAAUGUCAUAUAAUUUCAGAAAAUUGUGCAUUAAAAUUAUAUUGUUUUGACUUAGUUUUAAAAAUCAACUGAAUUUCUUGAAUAAAAGGGUGAGAGACACUAAAAACUGGUGUAUAGUUAUGGUUAUUAAAUCUAAAUUUAGCCUAGUUGGGCCAAAGAGGAGCCAUGCAGUUUUUAAACCAAUCAUCUUUUUUUAGUGUGGUUCUUUUGAAAUCAAAUUCACUCUGUAACAUGAUGCUAUACAGCUCGUAAGCAGUUGGACUCAUUUCAGAAAACAGAUACCCUGACGUUUAUUACAAUGCAUAAUUAAAUAAUAAAUAAUAUUUCAACCAGUUAAAAAUUUGUGUAGCCAGAUAGGGUUAAAGAAGUAAACUCUUUAACCUAUUUAUACAGUGGUAAGGGAGGUUACAGUGCUUCAAUCAUCUUUGUAUUUGGUGGUUUCCCUUGAGUUAGAGCUGUGCUGAAGAACCUGCUGACAGAUAUUGAGUAUGUGAACAUGGAGUCAGGGGGAAACUCUAGGUAGUGGAAAUUCACAACUCCUGGAAACAAUUACACUUUGUCAACCAGUGGCAUUGCUACGACAAUGUUGUGCUUAUAAACUAGAGAUCUGCUUCUGCACUUUGUUCUUAAAAUCAAUUCAAUAUAAUCAGUCACCAAUAUUAUUUUUCUUUUAAUUUGUUUCUUCUAACAAGAAUACAAUCAAAGCUAUUUUACUUCUCAGUGAAUUUAAAACAAAAGAGUUUCCAAAUUCCAUCCUCUAUUCCAUGAGCAUAUCAAAGAAUUAACAUAUGAAGUCGGUACCUAUAUAACUCUAGGUUUUUAGGGCAAAUUUAAUUUAUGCAGAUGGUCUUUAGAAGUUGCUGUACAAAGUUUGAAGCAUAUCUUGGUGGCUGCCCAGCACCACACAUCAUUGCAUGAACUCAAUGUUUAAAAUGAAUUUCCUUAUCCCAGUGUUUUACUACUUUGUAUUUGUUCCUGCGGACACAACAGUAUUGUGUUUAAUAGUUCUGCCUUCACUUUUCUUUGUGUUCCUGAGUACUACUUAGCGAUGUGUCCUGGUUCAUUGGUCACCACGUUAUGUACUACACCAUUUGUAUGUUCUUUAAAAUGUAAAGUUUCUUAGAUUGAA